AUGAGUCUAUUUGUAAGAUCAUCCAUGAAUCUGAUGGAUUUCGUUCAACAACAACUUCCAUCUAAUAAUCAUAAGAAACUGCUAUCUCCCAUCGAUGACCAACCACUGGUUCAGCAACCACCAAAACAAAAGGAGGAAUCCUCGUGUACGAGAAAGAGUGAGAGACGAGAGGUCAUUCGGGUUGUAGAAAACAGAAGGAAACUUUUCAUUGCUCACGUGAAAGAAAAGAAGCAUGCUCUGGAUCAAAUUGAAAAGAAUGUUUCUGCCACACUCUCUUCAAAAGAAUGGACGUCUUUCCACUCAAAACAGGGUCUAUACAGUUGUUGUUAUGCCUGUCAGGACGUUAAAUGUGAUUUUGCAUCACCACCAGUCAUUACACCAAGGAGAUUUUGUGUGGUUUAA